UGUGUGUGAGUGUGUGUGUGUGUGUGUGUGUGUGUGUGAGAGAGAGAGAGAGGGAGAGAGAGAGAGAAUGUGGAGGCGUAGAGCAAUGCAAAGCCCGUGUCUCGGAGUUGCGUUGCCAUUACGCGCUAUUACGCACUGACAGCUGCUUUACAAGAGAGGGGAGCGCAGGUCGCAGGAGGAGCGGAUUGUUUUGGAGUAUAUCCCCCUCACACACAUCCGAAAAGAAGACAGAAGUUUCUUCGUCAACGAUCAGCUGAUCUCCAGCGGAACAGAUUGAUCUUCAGAGCAGAGCACAGGAAUGGUGGAUCACCUGCCGCUUGGUGAGGAGACCUUCCUGUAUUACACCGGCUCUCCGGGGUCGGACUACAACUGCCUCUGUCACCACACCAAUAGUGGCUCGGUGCCGGGCAUCAUGGUAACCGAUGCCUGCCUGUACGACCACCACCACCACCACCACCCCUACGAAGGGGUGACGCUAUCCUCCUCCCCUCGCCCCUCUGAGGAUGACCUCAGUGACUCCUCCAGCCCCCGCUCCUCCCUCUGCUCCAGCCCAGAGGCCUCGUCGCCGACGUUGCGGCACGUCCUCGGCACCAGCUACGAAAGCAGGGGCAGCAGGAGCAGCGGGAGCUGUAGCUCCUCGGGAGGAGAGAGUCAAGACAGCCUGCUGGACCUCCUCCUCUCGCAGGCCUCCCUCCCUCGCAGCAGCUCUCAUUCUUCUUCUCUAUCUUCCUCCCUAUCCCUAUCACCCCCCUCCUCUUCGUCAACCUCAUCUUACCCUCUCUUACCCAUGGGCCUGGCAUGGGAGUCCAAGAGGGAGCAGCGGCUGACUCUCCUCCAGCAGCACGCCAAAGACGACUGCUACGAGUUCCCUGUCUUCCUGGACGAGAUGCAGGAUCCUGCAGCGCUCCUCUUCCAGCCCACCCUGGAGGAGAUUGAGGAGUUCCUGGAGGAGAACAUGGUGGUGGCAUUGGAGAAAGAAGAGGAGGGUAGCGAUGAGGCGAUGUCGCCAAUGCCAGAGGAUGCUGAGACAAAAGGUUCAAGGACUUUAGCAGGAGGACCCGUAUCAGUGUCACGGAAUUCGGAUCAGACUGUGCCUGUGGCUCAUUCGCCGCUCUCCUCCUACACAGAGACCAAACACACACCAUGUGCAUCAGACAUGGACAGUUCGCCAUCAGCAGUGGAUUUUAGUUCUCCUCGUAGUGUUGACGAGAUCAAACACGAGGAUUGUGGUUCACCACCGACCUCAUCAGAAGAUACCGGCGCCUCCAGCGUGCCUGUCAUCCUACAAAUCCAGCCCAUCCAGAUCAAACAAGAGCCCAACCCCAGUGCCAUCCUAGAUGCUGCCACACAGCAAACCCAACCCCUAAAAACCCAAACCCAGCCGGCUCAGGCCCCGUCGGAUAUAAAAGUCGCCCAACUUCUGGUCAACAUCCAGGGGCAGACCUUUGCCUUGGUGCCUCAGCUGCUUUCAGCGACCAACAUUACCAGCUCUGGCAAAAACGGGAGCUCUGUGUCGCCCAAAUUUGUCAGAAUCGCACCGGUGCCCAUCGCCGCCAAACCCACUGGGCUCGGGGAAGGCGGGUUAGGUGGGGGCUCAACUGCGGGGGUCCUUGUCGGAGGUCAGAGGUACCAGAAGAACGCUGUAGCGGACCUCAUUAAAAUGCACAAGUGCUCUUUUCCCGGCUGUAAUAAGAUGUACACCAAAAGCAGCCACCUUAAAGCCCACCUGAGGAGGCACACGGGGGAGAAGCCCUUCGCCUGCACGUGGCCCGGCUGUGGAUGGAGGUUCUCCCGGUCUGACGAGCUCUCCCGACACCGGCGCUCCCACUCGGGAGUGAAACCAUACCAGUGCAUCGUCUGCGAAAAGAAGUUCGCCCGCAGCGACCACCUGUCGAAACACCUCAAAGUCCACCGCUUUCCACGAAGCAGCAGGACAGGGCGCUCUGCAAACUGACUCUUCUGACCCCACUCUGACGGACUGACGCUGAGUGGGGAUGGGGGGAACGGGGGGUAUGUGUAUGGGUGUAUUUGUGUGUGACGAAAGACAGCGGAGGAGGGGGGGGGGGUUGAAAGUACAAACACCUUUUUAAAGGAGUCUGUUCAGGACUCUCCAGCUGGUGUGUGUUUAUGUUCAAACAUGUACGCAUGACGUACAUCCAUGGUACUGUUAUAAUUUAUUGGGUGGUGAGGAAAAGACUGUAAAAAGAACCAGAGAGAAACAGAAAACUGUUACUUGACACAACACCCUCACAGGUGGAAUAAGCUUCUUGUAUAUACCAACUUUUUUUUUUUCUCACUGAAAUCUUUAAGCUGAUCUAAUUUGAGGAAAGAUUUGCUACUCAGAUUAUUUUUACACUUUGAGAUGCAAGUUAUUGUUAUUGCUGGAGUCAAAAGCCUUAUGUGAAUAACAAAAUGCAUCGCUAAAGGGGUUUGCUACUAUUUAAAACCCCAAGGUUUUUUUACCUUCCUGGAGCCAAAUGUUGUUUAGCAAAAACGCAUCGCUUGAUGGCUUGAAAUUGAAUUUGUUGCCCAGCAACAAGAGCUGACUUGACACAGGGAACUGUUGGGGGCCUUGGUUUAAUUCUUCCUUGAUUGACGGCAGAGUGUAUGAUGCGUCAACAUUCCUGUAGCUUUGAAUAAGUGUCAUUGUUGCCUUUGAGUUUCAUGACAGGAAAAAACAAAACACUAAAGUAACCUCAAAAACAAGAAGAAUGCUCAUAUUCAUGUUGAAUUACCACGCUAUGGUCUUUUUUUGGGGGAUCAAAACAAAAUUGUGGUGCAGCCACAUCCAAUGAUAAUCUGCAAAUUAUUUCAAUCCAGCAAUGAAAACAAGCAUUAACAGAGGCAUGUCUGUUCUUCUGUCUUCAAAUCACUAUAGAAAAACAACAUUUGUUUUCUGGUUUUGUGAUUUCGUAAUCAAUAAUUACUUUAUUAGUCACUUUACUUACUUCAUGUCACUGCUGUCACAAGAGGCACAAGCACAGGCUGGUGGUCUUGAACGUAUCAAAUCUCUUGCCUCCUCUACUGCCAAAUCAAGUUUCUUUCGGCCCUCUUUAGUUAAAUAUCAAAACAGAUGAAUUUUACAUAUCAAAUGAAAUUAUUUACAUAUCAAAUCUAAGGGGAUUAGUCUUUUGCACUUGCUGAGACUCGAAAUAUGUACCGCUACAACAUCAAUUAACAAAGUCACCCCAGAUCAGCUUAAUGUAUUUGUAUUUGCUACCGUGGCCACAACAACAAUAACAGGUUUUAACAGUAAAAGUGAAGAAGAGACCCAGUCUCAAGUACUAGCCAGUAUUCACCACUAUAAGCUAGUGGUCAUACCAGACCAAGUAGAGCAUUGGUUAUACUCUCUAAGCGGACUACUAUUCAGUCUGCUUGGAGAAUGCGUUCCACGCAUGCAAAGUAGAUUGCUACGCUACGCUAACGUUUGUAGCGUUUUGGCAGUGCGGACAAAUCCGGACAGGUCAACGCUGUAACUAGAAAUCCGACAUGUACACCCUAUGAUGAUGACAUUUAUGGCACGCAGACCUAACAGGCCCUUGAACGUAGAAAGUAUAACUUUAGUCUUUUGAAUUUCGAAAGGGAGUGUUUUAUUGCAUGUGAAUUCAACUUCUCUUUUGUAAAAGGAUCAGCUCUGUCUCUUUAAAAAAAGAAGUACUUUUCUAAGAUUAAUCAAGUAAAAUAUGGCUCUUCCAUUUUGAAGCCUCUUCUCUUUUUAAAGUCAAUCUUCAUUCAACAAAUUAAUUUAAUAAAAUGAAAAACAAAAUGGUUUGCAUGUAAAUUAACUUAACAUUUUCUUUGGCCUUAUAACUUGUUACAGCAUAUUCGCCAAAGGUAGAUAGAAAUUUGAAGAUCAUUUAAAGAAAUGAUUUCUUCUGUCCCUGGUCUUGGACAUAUCAGAUCUCUUUCCAUGAAAUGAGAUGCCUUUGUCUUGUACUGUAAGGGAAUAUUGACUGUUUUUUUUUUGCCAUAUUACAUUUAUCUGUAUACAUUGCUUUAGCGUGUGUCAUUCUGAAUCUCAGUUGAAUAAAACCAAAUGUGUCAUGGGAGGGUCGCAAAAUGACAGAGCAGAGUUCAGUCGUUGUUUUCUUGUACCAUAAAGUUGAGGAUCAGCUGACAAUGAUCCGUGCCGAUAUUGUUUGAAGAGAGGAAUGUUAAAGUUUUGAACUGGAAUCCAGUUGUAUUUGGAAGCGUUUGAUUUGCUGGAAACCUACAUCAAUCAACGAACCCCUUGAGCGAUGGGUACGCUGCAGCUGAACAAGGCGGCGUAUGGAAGAAGUGCAACAUCAAUGUCAGUCAUUCCUUCCGUACAAUCAGGAGAAACACUUUUCUAAACGGGUGUCACCUGUGAGCUCGUGAAUGUAUGUAAAUACUGUAAAUGCAUCUGAAAGGAGAUCUGAAAUAUUCUUCUAAUGAUUUCUGUGAGUGUGAAAGAUUCUUUGAAAGAAUAUAUAAAGAAAGAGUACAUAAUGUGAUAAUUCAAAUAUAUAGUGAAAAAUGUGGUAACUUGCUUUUUCUUGUCAGGUUUUUACACGACACAUGAUUAAAAAUGCUCAUGUAAUGUUUCAUAACACAUCCAUUGAUCGGAAUUUAUAACAUAUUCAAUAUGGUCAGGUGCAAAUACGGCAUAAUGUAUUAUGAAACGUGAUGAGUAAGGUGUUUGUGCUCUGUAAACACAUUACAAGCUAAGAGUUACUAAAAUUAUAUAUUUUUGCUUUUGUUCCUACAUAAAACACAUUUACAAUAAAAAUCUCAAA